AUGGCUCAACAAGCAGGACAGGCUUCCCAAGCCGGAGGUUCCAGGAAAAUCUCGUUCAACGUCUCGGAUCAGUAUGAUAUUCAGGAUGUCAUUGGCGAAGGAGCUUAUGGGGUUGUUUGUUCUGCACUACAUAAACCCUCAGGUCAGAAGGUUGCCAUCAAGAAGAUCACUCCAUUCGAUCAUUCCAUGUUCUGUUUGCGCACAUUACGAGAAAUGAAGCUGCUACGCUAUUUCAAUCAUGAGAAUAUAAUCUCCAUUCUCGACAUUCAAAAGCCACGAAAUUACGAAACAUUCACAGAAGUCUAUCUCAUCCAAGAAUUGAUGGAAACCGACAUGCAUCGAGUCAUCAGAACACAGGAUCUUUCCGAUGACCAUUGCCAAUACUUUAUCUACCAAACUCUCCGAGCUCUCAAAGCCAUGCAUUCAGCAAAUGUCCUUCACCGAGAUCUGAAGCCUUCGAAUCUGCUCCUGAAUGCCAACUGUGAUCUCAAAGUGUGCGAUUUUGGUCUUGCUCGAUCUGCCGCCUCCACAGAUGAUAACUCGGGUUUCAUGACCGAAUAUGUUGCUACGAGAUGGUAUCGUGCUCCAGAGAUCAUGUUGACAUUCAAGGAAUACACCAAAGCCAUUGACGUGUGGAGUGUUGGUUGCAUUCUCGCAGAGAUGUUGAGCGGCAAGCCUUUGUUCCCUGGAAAGGACUAUCAUCAUCAGCUCACCCUGAUCCUUGACGUCCUUGGAACGCCAACCAUGGAGGAUUAUUAUGGCAUCAAGUCUCGGCGUGCCCGGGAGUAUAUUCGAUCGCUGCCUUUCAAGAAGAAGAUUCCAUUGAAAGCAUUGUUCCCCAAGACCUCCGACCUUGCUUUGGACCUUCUGGAGAAACUUCUUGCAUUUAAUCCUGUCAAGCGGAUUACGGUGGAAGAAGCAUUGAAACACCCAUAUCUCGAACCUUAUCAUGACCCGGAUGAUGAGCCAACUGCAGACCCCAUUCCAGAGGAAUUUUUCGACUUUGACCGAAACAAGGAUCAACUGAGCAAAGAGGAACUCAAGGCACUGAUAUGGAACGAGAUCAUGAGAUGA